AUGACUAUCACUUGUCGUAUCCCCUUGGUUAUGCUCUUCAUCUCACCCGCACGUGGUGGCGCCAAUGAUCCAGUUGAUACUAGACCUUAUAGUCAUUUCACUGGUUCUGAUGAGCUAUUCAAUGGCGGUGACACGAGCCCGUAUGACUAUAUGGGAGGCUCCAAAGCUACUGCCAAAGUCAGUGCGGAGAGGAGAGGAGGAGGCAAAGUAUGCAAACUCGAAUGGGGAUACUCAGAGCCCUUGGAGCCAGCCGAAUCUGGAAUUGGAUACAAGCCGUCACAAAAUGCAAGACUAGAUCUGGAGGUUCGUUUGGACCCAGGUCAAGAGGCGUUCACAUACAUAAGCGCUAUUUCCAAGCAGAACUUUUACCGUCGUGACCUGAUCGUGGAGGAAAACGAUGCUGGCUUGAACGUGAAGGCUUUCGUAUACGGCAAGGGGGAGUCCGGUUGGGUAUACCCCGAGAUCUCAGCGGGCGCGGCCGGGACUGCGAAACGACAAGAUGCCGAAGAAGCGCUUUCGCAAGGUGGCCCGUACUCCCCUCUCGCUCAUUUGAAGGGAGAGAAAAUGGGUCCUCUGCUUCAAAAUGUUGGAUGGAUGGCAGAUUUCAAUGAUAUGGCGUGCAGGAUUAUAUACAAUUUCAUAGCCAAUAACGCGCCUGAUGGCUAUUCAAGCGGGAACUUCGACUGGUUGUAUGAAUUUGUGGAGAACAAUGCUGAAAGAAUCCAGAGAAACAUUGAGAAUUGGGAGGGUGUAUCUAAGGCGCUAAAGGAGCAACCAUUACUACGCCAUAAACCAACCUCGGGUGCAUCAAAAAAGGCGUCUGUGCGAGGUGCUGUCGGUAAAAUUGUCCGCAAAAUUUUUUUUCCCAAAAAGUGA